UUUUCGACCUUCCUCUCCGAGGUCGUGAUGGAGGGCGGAGAGCGAGGUUGGAUCGGAGACGGCCGCAUCAGACAUUGGUGCAGUGUUGGCCGAAAGUGAAGAGGGUCAGAAAAUUGCGCAUGCAUACAGACUGGAUGGGGGAAGCUGGCGUCCCUUUAUAUGCUGCCUCUAAGACCGAGACAGACGCAGCAUCCCUGGACGGCUCAAUCGUGGCGUUUGCAGCGUUGAAAUAUAAUGGGCCUUGUCUGCUCAACUUGGCCCUAUCAAACGCCCGGUCGCCUCUGCACCUUCUCCUCCUCUCCAAUACUGGCUGAAUGGCCUUCGCUGUGACUUGCAGACAUGCAGCCGUCCACCUACUAGUCACUAACUGCAGGAAACCACUCCUGUUCAUGCGAACACCGGUUCGUGCGUCGAUGCAUUAGUGUGGAAUCUCACCUACCGCCGCUCGUCCGAAGCGAUCCAUGCUUGCCAACCGAGCCCGCCCUACCCUCCUCUUGUCAGCUGCCCGUCCUCCUCUUCUCUCCCCCUUUGGCCUACCAUCUAUCCCAGGCAAUGGCUGCAUCAAGUCAGGCAGCAACAUGAAGGACAGCACAGAAAAAAGCAUGAGGCCGAUCCUGCCGGCGGCGCCCAGCUGUCCUUGAUAUGAUGGCGGUGCUCUUGCUCGACAGCCUUCUCGCCGCCAUGUCUUCCCAUCCCUGCUGCGCGUUCGGCGACGCAUUCCAAAAUGGAGGGUUACGACCACUUGUCCUCGAACAUGGCCCAAUAUUCUGAAUUUGCCAUCUUCCGGACAUUCAAGAUCCUGAACUACCGCGCGUUACUGUUCAAGCAGGCUGAACUGGCUGAAAAAGAGGCCCGACUCAUCCUCGCGAUCAAAGAAGAUCGAAACUCCGGCGACCCUGAACGACAGCGGUUCGCCUUCAGCUUUGGAGCGAUGCUCAAUUCCACGAGCGACUCUGACGGCUCAAAAGUACAGAGGGGGCUGAUGCGGGAGAUUUGUCGUCUCCUCCCAGAAUACAGCACGUGGUUUUUGUUGACCUCCUUCAAACCAGCCCGUUGCUUUUUGGGGUCGCUGCUGACUUUUUCCGGUUGCUGUGGUGCUUGAAGAUGACUUGCUCCUCCAAACCCGCAAACUCUACGACCUGCCUGCCGUCCACCAGCCGAGCCUCGCGUGCCUCCGAGAGGCGCUGAUGACCCCUCCCGG